AUGCUCGUUCCGAAACCCCCUGUGGAUUUGGAAGGCCACUGCUCCGCUCUAUACGACAACACUCUUUACACCUACUCCGCCAACGGCUUCGCAUCGAUACCCCUCGAGCGCAAUGGAAACUGGACCGAACUGACCAUGGGUGAGGCCGUCUCGGAUGCGGCGUGUGUGAUAGGCGGCACCGAUGGCGAUGAAACCAAGCAAGCUCUCUACGUAGUCGGCGGAACUGGCUCGUCGAGUCAACCGGGCUUGCAGCGAUAUUCCUUUCAAGACAAAAAAUGGACCACAAUCCAACCCCCGCAAUCGGUGAUGGGGAACCGCACUCGCCACAAGGCCGUCUACCUGUCGAAUUCCUCGUCAAUCCUGGUUUACGGCGGUCACCAGACCGACGAAGAUGUCGCAUCCUCCGAUACAUACGUCCUCAGCACGGUCUCGCCGUACUCCAUCGCGGCUCACAAUGCGACAGAAGCAUCGCCAGCCGUCGCACCGGUUCUCCUGCCCUGGAAUGGUCGCGAGGCAGCUUUGGUGGGUGGCACGACAACCCCCAAAAAGGUCCACCUAUUCGACCCCACUCUGGGCUGGUACAGCUCCAACGUGACACUAGCCCAAUCGCUGUCCACUGGUGUGCAGUGUGCAAUCCUGGACGGAUCCGAUGGCAGCAAGGUCCUCGAAGAGUUCGACAUGGACGUGGCGCCCAACACGGUCACAAGCGUGGUGUUGGUGAAUUCGUCCGGGAAGGAUGAGAAUCCCGCUACCGCCUUGAGUUCCCAAUCUUCGCGUAAGCGCAAGAGAGAGAUCACCCUCAGCAAUUACCCGACUUACGAUAGUAGCUUGGCGGGAUCCACAACACGGCAAAAUUACUCAUUAGCCCAGGGAGAGGAUGGAUUGGUGGUGAUCUCCAGUGGCAGUGGUACCGACUCCUUAGCCAUAUUCAACCAAACCGCCAACAGCUGGGUCAACGCCACGAAGCUGUUUUACGGUGACGAGAGCCAGCAGCAGAUUCUGGGAUCAACGACGACUACGUCCUCAUCAACGGCAACUUCGACCAGCAGCGCCUCUUCCAGCCCUGCAGCCGGCGGUAAUUCGUCCGACAACGAUGUCGGCACCAUCGUCGGCGCCACCCUGGGAGCCAUUCUGGGCGUCGCAGCCUUUCUGGUGAUCAUUCUGCUCCUCCUCAAACGCAAGAAGCAGAACCUCAAGAGAGCCAGAGCCGAAAAUGAUAAAGAUCGGCUCAGUUUCCAGGAUCAGGGCGUGGAGCCUUUGGCCCAGUCAGCAUACCCCAUGGCGAAAAGCCCGGCGCCUCUGGCAGCUUCCUCGGUGGAUUCGCUCGCAAUAUUCUCGGGCAAGGUGGGGGAUGAAAAGACACCGAGGGCAGCUGGGGCCCGCCCUGCCUAUGCACAGAAUUCGACUCCGCUGAAGUCAAGUCCGCUGACCACCAUCCACUCCACUGGAGAGUCCUCCUCACCCAGCAUAUACUCAAGCGCUGCCCUGGAGAAGGAACUCGGGGGGCAAGACUCCAACCCUGGGGGUCGACCGGGCGACCGCAGGACCGAUGAAGGGUGGAGUCGGUACUUCCAGGACAAUAGUGCGACAAAUCUGGUCGGGGUGCAGUCUCAGAACCUCCAGCCCCCCUCAGCGGCAGCCAAGCCGCAGCCGAAAGGCUGGGCCAUGAAGACCCUCACGCCACUGGAUUUCGGGUUCUUGGACGAGCCCAAGCCUCUGGGACAGGUGAUCAGCGGGAGCCCCACCACCGAGCAUGCCUCGUCUAUCAUAUCUUCGGAGGGCCGCCAUGUGGCCAUCCAAGAGAGUCAGUCUGCUCGUAUCUCUAGCGCUUCCUCGAUGAGUGCCGAGUUGGAGCGUGACUCAUGGCAACAGCGCAGCUGGGCGGGCCGGCCUCCAAGUAGCACCUACAGCAGAAGCUUCUACAACCCCAGCACCCAUGUUCCGUCAAUAGCAGCGCCAUCCGACAGUGACUACCGACUGUUUGACCCGUCUCGCACCAACACCCGGGGGUCUAGCAUCCUCAUACCCGAAGUCUCGGAACCCAUGCCCACACACAAUGCCACCAAUGUCAAUGAGGACAUGAGCUGGUUGAACCUCCAUGCCGAUCGAUGA